GAGAAAUUUAAUACACUAAAAAUGUUAAAAAACUCACAUUUUCUAUAUAGAAGAAAGACACUAGGUUUUCUCAUGAAAUUAGCUUUUUUGCAUUAUUUUUACUACCUCACAUGUUUCAAAAUAUAUUCAAUCGAUGCAGCAUGAACAACUGAAUCGAAUAAGUGUAUUUCGAAACAUGUGAGGUUGUAGAAAGAAUGCAAAAAAGCUAAUUUCAUGGGAAGACCUUGUGUUUUUCUUCCAUAUAGAAAAUGUGAGUUUUUUAACAUUUUUAGUGUAUUAAAUUUCUCAAAAUUUUAUAAGUCCGACAUUACAAAGUUUACAAAAGCCUUACUAUUUAGUAUCAGUAAAUCCCAUUUUUGACGAGCUUUCAUUUAGUAUAAAAUUCAUAACAUACUUCUCCCUGAAAUAAUAUUCUUCCUAUGGGGUAUCAGGUCGGCUGUUAAUGUUAACGUCCAUAUAUAUAUAGACGACGCUCAACUGAUGUGAACGAGAAAAACGUAGGUGAUUAUGCUGAACGUCAUUUGCAAGAACUGCUCAAUGAAAAAAUAUCGGACCGUGAUUAUCAUAUUUUUCGCAAAUACUUUAAUGAUGAUAUAAGUGACAAAACGUAUACAAUGGAAGCAUUUUAUGAACUCUUUCACUUGACAAAGACAUAUGGUAAAAUAUAAUAUGUUCUUUUUUUCUUUGAAAAUAAAUUUGUAUUCUCUUUAGGAGAACGUUUGCUUGAUAUAUUUGGAGAGAAGUCAUGUAUUCAAGCAAAUUCAAUCAAUGGCCAUCGUGUUAUUCGUAUUGCUCGUGUACUGUCCAUGGCAUCUAUGUCAGUCAAAGCACUUAUUCUAUUCAAAGUAUUGGACCAUGAUGGUGAUAAAUAUGUGUCUAUUGAAGAAAUAAAACAAUUUUACGAAAUUUAUCUUGAUGAAUUUAAGUUUCCUUGUGAUUCUUCACGUCGUCAAGAAUUAAUUGAUACACUUCUUCAAGCAUUUGGAAUGAACGAUGCUAAUCGUCAAAUGAAUUUUGAUAAAUUCUAUAAAAUUCUUCAAGAAAAACCAAACUUAUUGGAAUCUCUUCAACUUAUGAAUAUUCCAAAUAAUGAUGAUCAAAUUGAUAAAAUAAAAUGGAAAGCAUGGCGAAAAAAUAAUAAAUAUCAUAUUAUCAUUAUUCUCUUAUACAUAUUAACCACAAUUGCUUUAGAUAUCUCUGUGAUAAUUGAAUUGGUUGUUAAGGAACAAAUUCGAAAUUUUUGGCUAAUUCUUGCGCAUAUUGCUGGAUUCUCAAUUAAAUUAAAUUUUGUUCUUUCGAUUGUGCUUAUGCUCAAACAUUGUAUGGUAUUAAUAAGAGCACGACGAUGGUUGAGACGGUUUUUACCCGUCGAUGAUCAUAUUGAUGCUCAUCGUUAUGUUGGAGUUGCAUUAGCAGUCUAUAGUGUAGUUCAUUCGUUAGCUCAUGUAAUAAAUUAUGCUACAAAUACUAAAGAUUAUUCAUUUUUUCAAUCAAUGUUUACAUCUGUUCGACAACAAGGUUGGGUAAAUGGAUCGGCCGCUAUAACUAGCAAUAUUCUCCUUGUCUUAUUUUCUUUGAUGAUUAUUUUUUCAUUGCAAUGUAUCCGUAAACGUACAGGAUUUUAUAUGGUUUUUCACUAUACACAUUUAUUAUUCUGGCCUAUUUUUGUUCUUCUUAUUAUUCAUUCAAGAGACUUUUGGAAAUGGACAUGUGCACCCAUGUUUUUAUAUAUGUGUGAAAAAAUCUAUCUACUAAAACGUUAUUUGCCCAAAAAUGGUCGUACACAUUUGAAAUCAUUAAGAAUUGAAGAUAAAAAUACAAUAUCGUUUAAUAUUAAUAGACCUGAACAUUUUAAUUUUAACGUAGGCGACUAUGUUUAUAUUUGUUUUCCUCGAAUAGUUUCACAUCAAUGGCAUCCGUUUACAAUUUCGAGCUGUCCAGAAAAUAACGAUAUUAUACGAUUUCAUAUGAUGAAAAAGAAAAAUUGGACACGAAAAGUAUAUGAUUAUUUUGUUAAAGAAUGGGAACGUCAAAAAGAACACAAAGAAAGUUUUAUGGAACAGUUCACAUCAGUAACUACUGAUACAUGUAUUCCUGAAGUUAAUCAUCCUUAUGUAAUGGACAGUACUGAAUCCAUUUGGAUUGAAGGACCUUAUAGCAGUUCAACAUCCUAUAUGUUCAAUUGUGAACAUGUUGUUUUAAUUGGUGCAGGAAUCGGCAUUACUCCAUAUGCAAGUGCUCUCGAAUGUUUAAUGCACCAUUUUCGAGAACGACAAACAAUAUGCAAGCAAUGCCAUCAUGUAUCUUAUAAGCAAGAAGCUAUUCAAUAUCGUAAAUUAAAAAAAGUCGAUGUUAUUUGGGUAAAUCGUAAUGUCGAAAAUUUUUCUUGGUUUUUACAAUUAUUUAAUGAGUUUGAAAAUGAACAAUCAACUUAUCUUGAAAGUUUACGAGCCAUCGGUAUUAGUCCAAAACGUUUCAUUGAUUUUCAUUUCUAUUAUACAAAUUUGAAAAGUAACAAUCAAGUAAUGAUUCGUAAUGUUCCUAUUGACCUGGCCACUACUGCCUAUGGAGAUGUAUUAAAUAAAGAUAUUCUUACUAAAAUGAGAACAAAAACAAUUUUGGGCAGACCUCAAUGGUCACUAUUAUUUGCCAAAUUUAAAGCUGAACAUCAGAGAACAAGUGUCUUCUUUACAGGUCAACCUGCCAUGGGUGAUGAUAUCAAACGUUGGUGUGAUCAGUAUCAAUUCUUGUACUAUCAUGAACCAUACUAUUAA